AUGCGUAUUCGCCUCCGCCUCGCAGGAGACCACAAGAUAUGCGACCCCCAGGUAAGCUGAAUGUUGCCUUGUUGUCUUUGCCCUCUCAGCAUCUCUAUUUUAGCAAUGAGCUAGAUAAAUGGCUAGACAACCUUCCUAUCGCUGCCGCCGCCGAUGCUGCCGCUGCCGAGAACGCCUCCGUGGAGAACCGCUGGUGCCAACUGCGAGACACGGUCCAGUCGACGGCGCUCGCCGUCCUCGGUCGCGCUCCCCGCCAACACCAGGACUGGUUCGACGACAACGACGCCGCCAUCAGAAAUAUGCUUGCUGAGAAGAACCGCCUACACAAAGCCUACGUAGACCACCCCACUGAGGACAACAAAGCUGCUUUCUACCGCAGUCACCGCCACCUUCAACAACGACUGCGCGAGAUGCAGGACGCCUGGACUGCUCGCAAAGCUGAGGAGAUCCAAGGCUACGCGGACCGCAACGAAUGGAAGAACUUCUUCUCCGCGAUCAAAGCUGUCUACGGUCCGCCCACGAAGGUCACUGCUCCUCUCCUCAGCGCCGACGGCAGUACUCUCCUGACUGAGAAGACGCAAAUCCUGCAGCGAUGGACCGAGCAUUUCCUAGGCGUCCUCAACCGCCCCUCCGCUAUCUCCGACGCCGUCAUCGCCCGUUUGCCGCAAGUGGAUACCAACGUGGACCUCGACCUCCCGCCAUCUCUCCAGGAUACCAUUAGAGCCGUGCAGCAGCUCUCCAGCGGGAAAGCACCCGGAUCGGACGCAAUUCCUGCUGAGGUCUACAAGUAUGGAUGUUCCAAACUGAUGGAUCAUCUGACUGCGCUCUUCCAGGAGAUGUGGCGUCAAGAUGAAGUCCCGCAAGAUUUCAAAGACGCAACAAUCGUGCAUCUCUACAAGCGAAAAGGGAACCGCCAAAUCUGCGACAAUCAUCGCGACAUCUCCCUACUGAACAUCGCCGGGAAGAUCUUCGCUCGCAUUCUCCUCAAUCGUCUGAAUAAUCAUCUGGAUUAG